CUCUCCCCCCCUUCACAUCUCACUCGGCUUCCAUCAUGCGUUACACCAUCGCACUCCCCAUCAUUCUCUCUGUCGUUUCUCUUGUCGCAGCAUUCGCUGUCCCUAUUCAGGAUGAUGAUGUCUACGGAAGCGAGGCUAUCAACUGGAAGAAAGUUGGUCAAGACGCAGAGACGGUCGGCAACACGGCGCUGAAGGCCAUCUCGCUCGGCGCCAAAGCCUAUCCUCUUGUAAAGCCCUUCAUCCGUGAGGAUCGUGCCGCGGUUCCGCUCAGCCGGCGCAAGGUUAACUGGCACAAAGUCGGCGACGCCGCGUACACCGCCAGCAAUGAGGCGAUAGACGUCGCCAGCACCGCAGUGGACGUCGCGAAAGCGAUAUGGCGUCGCGCUGCAGAGCUUGAAAGACUCGAGGCGCAUGCAAACCUCGCUGGGAGCGAGGCGAUCAACUGGAAGCAAGUCGGCCAUGUCGCGGGUAAAGUUGCAGGGGACGCAGUGAGCAUCGGCCCCCUCUUCUUUCGCGAUAUGGAGCUGGAGGAGCUGGAUUAGGUGUUAAUGUUAAGGGUUCACAUGGGUUCCAGUACACGGGAGCUCGAACAACCGUUAUAUAGCCUUUUACGGUACGUCAUGGCUGUCGACGGAAAUGCACUGGCAGUC